GAGCUGCCGCCGCUCCUCCUUCGAUUCCUUCUUCCGUUCUUCUGCUCGACCUCGACGCCUCCAUCAAUCUCCGCCUCCUCCGCGAAUUCGCCGCCGCGCCGGCCAUGUCGAUCUUCGAGUAUAAUGGUUCCGCCGUGGUGGCGAUGGUGGGGAAGAACUGCUUCGCGAUCGCCAGCGACCGGCGGCUCGGGGUUCAGCUGCAGACCGUCGCGACGGACUUCCAGAGGGUGUUCAAGAUCCACGACAAGCUCUACAUCGGCCUCUCCGGCCUUGCCACGGAUGCCCAGACGCUGUACCAGCGCCUGGUGUUCAGGCACAAGCUGUAUCAGCUGCGGGAGGAGAGGGACAUGAAGCCCCAGACCUUCGCUAGCCUCGUCUCCGCGCUCCUCUACGAGAGGAGAUUUGGGCCAUAUUUCUGCCAGCCUGUUAUUGCUGGACUUGGAGAGGACAAUGAGCCAUUUAUCUGUACCAUGGACUGCAUCGGUGCAAAGGAACUAGCUAAGGAUUUUGUUGUAUCAGGGACAGCAUCAGAGUCUCUGUAUGGUGCUUGUGAGUCCAUGUACAAACCUAACAUGGAACCUGAAGAACUCUUCGAGACUAUCUCACAAGCUCUGUUGUCAUCAGUUGAUCGUGAUUGUCUUAGUGGUUGGGGAGGCUAUGUCAUGGUUGUGACACCAACCGAAGUACAAGAGCGAGUGCUCAAGGCCAGGAUGGAUUAAAUCAUCGCCAAGAGUUCUUGAACCAUUCCUGAUGCAUGCUGUUUGUGGUCUGACUCUCACAGCAGUACAUCCGUGUUGUGUGUGUGGAUUCCGAGGGAACCUUGUAUUAUCAAAGAUGCUACAUUUACCCCUAGAAGAAACAGUUGUUUUUCUCUAUUUUCUAUGAUCUCUAUGAAUGACAGGACUUCUGUAUUGUGCUGCA